AGGUUUUCGAUAUUUGAUCCUUCAUUCAUUUAUUCUUCGCUAAACGUUGUGCCCUACUCAUGAAAUGUUAAUGUUUGAUUAUUUUCUUAAUCAAAUGGAAAGAUUUGUAGAUGCCUGUUUAAGAUUCUUUGCCAAGCCAGUGGGGAAGUAUUAAUUGUCAAAAAUAAAAAAGAAAAAGAAAUGAAUUGGGAAGAAUGACCAAGAAAUAAAAAAGAGGUUUUCAAAUUGUGUUCAUUUGAAUAUGCCUGUCUAAGAUACACAUUUUGUGUUACGUUCUCGACCAACAUGCCAAAGCAAACAUACCACCACUCUUCUGCAGCCAAUGUCCCGGUGGCUCUCACUCUGGCAGCAGGUAGCCCUUUUCCUCUAGUGGUCUUGCUCUGCUCCAGAAAGCCAUUCUACUAGGCAGCCUUUUCUGUGAUUUGAAUCUAUGACACGGGGUAGUCUUUGAUACCAAUUGUUUGGUGCUUGACCAAUAUGCCAUAGGCCUUAUGAGUGUUGGAACACAUCAAAUCAAGUCAUUUAAAUGCGUUUGGAUCUGCUGGCCACACUCAUCCAGCCGCACAUUGAGAAUAUCGGUGACCACAAAACAACUGAUGUUCCAUAUAUGCGACUGGGUUGAGCGUGGCCAGCAAUUUGUUGUGUUCAGUAGAUCCGGAUUCCAUUUAACCUUUAGGGCUGUAAUAUUUUACUAUGCAUUUAAGUUACACAAUCUGCCAAAAACUAAACUUGCAGUUCAAGUGAGGCAUCUGCCUCAAUGCAAAAAAUAAAGAUUGCUAGGCUAUGAUCUACAGAUGUGUAAGGGCAUCCUUAAUUGUUAGAAUGUUGUUCUUGUUAUUGCCAUUUGCCAUGAUGUAUAAACCUUGUACUUGUUGAUAGCAAUCAAAUAUAUAAUCUUGAAUCUUUUUCAAAUAUUCCAUCAUUUACUUGCAUAUAUUAGAGUUUUUAAUUACCAGACGACACCUUAUUGAAUUAUGACCUGUUGGAUUUUCUCUUUGAUAAUCUUUUACACUGUCAUUUGAUUUUGGUGGUUUUCUAUCUUUGAUUAUCUAAAAGAAACCUGUGGCUUUUUAGACUUGCUACUAUUGAAAGGUUAUUUAUGUUUCAAUGUUUAAUCUAUUUGCCCAUUUAGGAUUAGAUUAGAUGUUAAGGAGCUGAGGUUCCGGGGCAUUUGGAGUAAGUUGGGCAUCUCUUACAAGUCCUAUUCAAGAACAUAUGGUGACGACACUCAUUUACUAAAACUGUACCAGGAAUAAGGGUUCUGUUGAAUAAGAAACUAGCUAUUCUAAAAUUAAACAUGUAUAGGUGAUUGAAACUAUGCACCUCCUGUGCGUUCCUUGAUAAUGUGAUUGACCAAAAAGGUCCAAUUGGAAUUCAAAAAGGCUUAAAAAAUAAAAUAGAAUCAUGUUAGCAGACCUGGAUAUUUAUCUUGUGGUUGGUCUUAAUAUACAAGUCAAAUAUGACUGCUUUAUAUGUUGCAGAAAUGCAAUUGUGUUUUAUCUUUCAUGUUUUGUACCAACAGAAAAAGGAAAAGAUCUGUAAAAUAUGGUUUGAGACCCUCAUGUUAUUGUGAAAAUUAUCCAUAUAAAGAAAAGUAAGACCUAUUAUUGCAAGACCAAAGUCCUUGGAAGUUCAGACCUCUAGUGAGAUUGGCUCAAGCCCUAGGUGGGUCUUUGAAUAACUCGUUCAAUUGGGUGCCUAGGAGUGCUGAUGGGUUAGCAGAACCUCUUGUGAGAGCUAGGGUGGGGAGAGAUGUUUAGAAAGGGGCUGCCCAGGGCAAGGCUGUAACCUGUAAGGGCUGAAUGUUUUCUUUCAGUUUUUCUUUUCCUUUGAUGUACAGGGCCCCUAUGGGGUCAGCUGCUUUGUUCCCUUUUGCCCUUCUGCACUUUUUUGUGUAGUUUGGUAGUUUCAAUAAAAUUAAUUCUUGAUCAUAAUAAGUACUAUUAUUCUUGGGGUAACCGUACAUUUUAUUAAUUGCUUGUAGCAAGGCAAUACCAAAAGUAAGGUGAUACAAAAAUACAAACAAGCUCUGCUUUUGAAAAUAAUUGGACCAUAAUCUCUGGCUGGAUUUAGCAUUUAUGCAUCAACAUAGAUCUUUCCACUUUUGAAUGUAAUUGGACCUCAGACUGAUUUAUCCUUAAUAAGAACACUAGGACAGCUUAACUCAAAUUAGAAUACGUGAUAUUCAAGGAAUGUAGAAUGUUUUUGCAUGACUUGUACUUCCGCAUUACCUCAUGACCUGGUUUGCUGAAAUAAAAUCUGACUGAUUGAUCCUUAUUAAGAAUAGGCUGAGCUCAAACCAGAAUAUGUGAUAUUCAGAGAAUAUUUUCUCAUGACUUGUUCUUCUGCAUUAGCUCAUGACUGGGUUUUCUGAACUCAAAUCUGAUUGUGUGAUCUUUAUUAAGAAUAGGAUGAACUCAAAUUAGAAAAUAUGAUAUUUAGGGAGCUUAAAUUAGAAUAUUUGAAGCUUGCUCUAUGAAAUGUUUUCACAUGAUUUGUACAUCUGCAUUUUCUCAUAACUUAAACUGACAUACUAUUGUAAUCUGAAAAAGAUAAACCAUUUAAAGCCUUUCUUUCCUUCUAACUUUAAGUGAUUUAAAUUAGAUUUAUAAUUAGCUUGAUGUACUUCGAUCUAUUGCAACCAUCAAGCAUACGGUCAAUCUAUUGUAUUGGGUUUUAUAGUUUUUUAAGUUGAUUUUCUUUUAUCAUUUUAUUUAUAAUUCAUUUUAUGAUGUCUUAGAUUUGGUUAAAAUUUUUGUAAAUGAUAUUUGGAUUUGUUAGGUUGGCUUUAUUUUUGUUCUAAUUCAUAUUUGUCUGAUGUCUUGGAUGCACACGCACUUCACUUAUGUCAUAUUGAUGCUCAUUUUUUGCUAUUUUUUAUGUCUGAAUUUGUGUGCGGAGGGAGGGUGGACAGUACCAGCAAUUUGUUGAUGAAUGUGAAUUAUUGUUUUUCAGAAAAUUUGACAAAGGAUGUCAGGCACUCAAAAUUCCGUCUCAUUGUUAAAGCUAGACAAGGUUCCCAGGAAAAGGGUUGUUAAGGCGAAUUGGACAGAUGAUCACCACAGGUUUUUUGUUGAUGUUUGUGUUAAGGAGGUUAUGAAGCAAAACAGGCCAACUACGUAUCUAAACAAUGAAGGUUAUAUAAAUUUGAUGAAUGCUUUUAGGAAGAAAUUUGGAGUUGAAUGGGAUAGAAAGUGUUUCAAAAAUAAGUGGGAAAAUUUGAGAAAGGAUUGGACUACAUGGUGUCGGUUACUAAAAGAUUCUUCUGGCCAUGAGUGGGAUAAUGAAAAGAACACAAUUAUUGCAAGCAAUGAUUGGUGGGAGAGCCAUCUCCAGGUCAACCCCAAUGCUGCAAAGUUUCGUUUUGCUGGCCUGAAAUUUGCAAAAGAAUAUGAAAUCAUGUUUGGAGACACCUUAACUACAGGAGCUUGUGCACCAACAGGAGUCAUCCCAGAAGCUUUGGCUCAGCUAAGUCAGAAUCAGGAGUCCUCAGAACCUGAUCCAAACAGUCAAACUGAGCAGGACCAAACUGAGGAGUCAGCAGAACAUGUUCCAAAUAGUCAAAUGGAGGAGGAACAAACUGAAAAUCCUAUUGGAUUGGGAGAAGGAAACCAUGAGUUGGAGCCACCUACACAAUGUGGGGGUGCGAUUGGUGGAGCGAACUUAGGUGUAAAGCGCAGGAAAGUGUCAGCUUUGCAAAAGAUUUCUACAAACAUAGGACGUAUUAGUGAUGCAAUGGAAGCAGUGAAGAGGAGCUGCAUUGCACUAUCAUCAUACCCUACCAUUGCUGCAGAAAUUUCUGGUCGAAUUCCAACUAUAGUGGAAUGCAAAGCCCUGCUAGACCAGAUUCCUCAGGUGCCUAAGAACAGUGAUAUAUACUUGUUUGCGUUAGAUAAGUUUAUAAAUAGGGACAUAAGAGAUCUUUGGAUGACUAUGGAUGAUAGUGAAAUGCGCCUUGCAUGGCUGUCUAGACAGUAUCAUAGGGAGUCUGCUAAACAUCUUGUUCAGAUAAAUCACUUGAUUUAAUUUGCAUUAUAGCAGCACAAAGCAGAUGCUCUUGAUUUAACCAAUUUACAAUGACAUUUCACCAUUUCUUGUA